AUGGGCACCGCCAGUGAUGCCUCCCCAGGCGGACCGGCAGCAACAGCGACAGCAGCGGCGGCGUCGUCAUCCUCGGCUCGCCCGACGCUUGCUCCCUCGUCGGGCAAGCCCGCACCCGCCAGCGCUUCCGGCACAUCGUCGGGGUUCAACGGACCACCGGGGCACGCUAUCCGCCGCACAAAAACCUUUGACGUUCCGGACUCGUUGCCUCCGCGGCGGCGGCCAUCCCUCGCGAGCCGCUCUGAGGCCUCUCACGAUGGCAUCCCCCGGCGCAGCUCCAAUUUCUCCGACUAUAGCUCCGAGGCUCGUGACAUCCUCAAUCCAAGGGCCCAGGCGGGUUCAGAGGUCCCUGUCCCCGAGUCCUCGUCUCUUGCCUCGCUUUCUCUGGCCUUUGCGCUGCUCCCUGCUGUCGCGGGCGCCCUAUUCAAGAAUGGACAAGCCGUUGUUACCGACGUGAUGCUGCUGGGGCUCGCGGCCGUUUUCCUUCACUGGUCUGUGACACAGCCAUGGGUCUGGUACCAUUCGGCGCAGCAGAUGCGCAUUGAAAGCGAGCCAGACAACGAUGCCGUCAUAGAAGACGACAGCGAAACGGACGGUCCUAGCCCCAACUCACCACUGGAUGAUGUUCCCGAGGAAGACGAAGCGCCUCAGCCUCUGCCGAAACCACGCGCAGGACAGAAGCAGCGUUCCACACCGCAGCAGGCGGCGCUUCGCGAACUUUAUCGUCACGAGGCUCUCGCCCUCGUCGCCUGCCUGCUCCUCCCCCUCAUCAGCGCGUACCUCCUCCACGCCAUCCGCUCCCAGCUCAGCCGACCCUCUGAGGGCCUCGUCUCCAACUACAACUUGACGAUAUUCCUCCUCAUUUCAGAGCUGCGCGUCUUCUCCCAUAUGAUCAAGCUAGUGCAGUCGCGCACCCUUCACCUGCAGCGCGUUGUCCACGGCAGCCCCUUUGCCUCACCAGCUGGCGGUGUCAACAGUGCCGAGGUCGAGGAAAUUGUUGGCCGCAUUGAAAGGCUCGAGGCCCGCUCAGCCGCCGACGAGGCCCUGGCCCUCGAGCAGGGUGCCGGACGGCCGGACUCGGCGCGUGCCAAGCAGGAGGCUCUCAUGACGCGCGACGUGCGCAAUGCCAUCCAGCCCGAACUCGACGCGCUGAACCGCGCCGUGCGCCGUUACGAGAAGAAGGCUACACUCCUGCAGCUACAGACAGAAGCUCGCUUCUCCAGCCUAGAGAACAGGCUAGACGAUGCCAUCGCGCUCGCUGCUGCAGCGGAAAAGAACAGCGUAGCUAGCAGGAACCUUGUCGCGCGCGCCAUCGAGUCAGCCACCGCCAUCGUGCUGUUUCCGUUCCAUGCGAUGCUCCAGCUCCUCGUCCUCCCGCUCAGGCCGCUCCUCGCUCUUGUCGGCAGGAACAGGCGGGGCAAGGAGGCUUCCUCGGCGAAGCAGGCACGUGGGAGCCGCACGGGGAAGGCGCCUGCGACCCCACGAUACAACGGCGACAAAGUGCCGGGUCGAGUGAUGAAGAGAUAG